AUGUAUGCUCGUAAAGACACUCAAGACCGUGAGUCAAUGAACGUCGACCCGAACGAGUACAGCAAGUCCGGCGGAGAUGGCAAGACGGCCAGGGCAAGCGAUGUUGCGUUCAGCAAGGAAGACACCAGACCCGAGCAGGCGUUGAAGAAGGCCGGCAAGGAGACCGAGGGCACCAAUUCCUCCAACCCUCUCGAUGGAAGCCCAGCGAACCAGGCACUCAGUAACCCAAUGCACGCCACGAAGGAGGGCUCACAGGCCCAGGACGGCAAGGGCGAAAGUGAACGUGCGCGUACCAGUGGAGGUGGUAGCCCAACGAAGAAUGGAUGA